UCCUUCUCCCCGCCCCUCACAAGAUGGCGGCCGGCGGCGCCGGGGCAGGAGGCGGCGGUGGGGGCGCGCUCCGCGGGGCUUGAGGGCGGCCGAGCCUCGAGGCAGCGGCGGCGGCGGCUCGGGGGGCACCGCUGCGGGGCGUCCCCUCGCCGGGAGCGCCGGGCUGGGCCCGCUGCCGGGCGGCCAAAGGCUCCAGUGCUCCGAGCCGGGCUCCUUCUCCUCCUCCUCUUCCUCUUCUUCCUCCUCUUCCUCCCCGGUGAGCCCCGGCGGCGAGGCGCGGCCCGGCCCGGCCCCUCAGCGGCGGGGUCUGCCCCGCUGGGGCUCCCCUCAGACCCCAGAGGCGUGGAGCUGGUCCCUGCGCCGCUUCUAGCACUCCCUUAUUUUAUUUUUUAAGAUUAGUUCUUUCUGAGAUCAAGCGCUUGGACAGAAAAAUGACAUCGAUUAUCAAGCUGACCACGCUUUCAGGGGUGCAGGAGGAGUCUGCCCUCUGCUAUCUAUUGCAAGUAGAUGAAUUCCGCUUUCUUUUGGACUGUGGCUGGGAUGAGAACUUUUCUAUGGACAUUAUUGACUCCCUAAGGAAGCAUGUACACCAGGUUGAUGCUGUUCUCCUUUCUCAUCCUGACCCUCUACACCUUGGCGCUCUCCCAUAUGCAGUUGGAAAAAUGGGGUUGAAUUGUGCCAUUUAUGCAACUAUUCCUGUAUAUAAGAUGGGGCAGAUGUUUAUGUAUGAUCUGUAUCAGUCCCGCCAUAAUACUGAAGAUUUCACACUCUUUACGUUGGAUGAUGUAGAUGCAGCCUUUGACAAGAUACAACAGCUCAAGUUUUCUCAGAUUGUGAACUUGAAAGGCAAAGGACAUGGUCUGUCAAUCACACCAUUGCCAGCUGGUCACAUGAUAGGAGGCACAAUUUGGAAGAUUGUCAAAGAUGGAGAGGAAGAAAUUGUUUAUGCAGUUGAUUUCAACCACAAGAGGGAGAUCCAUCUGAAUGGAUGUUCAUUGGAAAUGUUGAGCAGGCCUUCAUUGCUUAUUACAGAUUCAUUUAAUGCUACCUAUGUACAACCCAGGAGGAAGCAACGGGAUGAGCAGCUACUGACUAAUGUUUUGGAGACAUUACGAGGUGAUGGAAAUGUAUUAAUAGCUGUGGAUACAGCAGGCAGAGUUCUGGAACUUGCUCAACUUCUUGAUCAGAUCUGGAGAACAAAAGAUGCGGGAUUAGGAGUCUACUCUCUAGCACUUCUGAAUAACGUCAGCUACAAUGUAGUGGAGUUCUCCAAAUCACAGGUUGAAUGGAUGAGCGAUAAGUUGAUGAGGUGCUUUGAAGACAAGAGAAACAAUCCUUUUCAAUUCCGCCAUCUCUCCUUAUGUCAUAGUCUUUCUGAUCUGGCUCGAGUACCUAGUCCAAAAGUUGUUCUUGCCAGUCAACCUGAUUUAGAGUGUGGGUUUUCAAGAGAUCUUUUCAUUCAGUGGUGCCAGGAUUCCAAAAACUCUAUAAUUUUAACUUACCGCACUACACCUGGAACAUUAGCACGAUUCCUGAUUGAUAAUCCUUCUGAGAAAGUUAUAGAUAUUGAGUUGAGAAGACGUGUCAAGUUGGAAGGAAAAGAACUUGAAGAAUACCUAGAAAAGGAGAAACUAAAGAAAGAAGCAGCUAAAAAGUUAGAACAGUCUAAAGAGGCAGAUAUCGAUUCCAGUGAUGAGAGUGAUGCCGAAGAAGAUAUUGAUCAGCCAACUGUACAUAAGACCAAACAUGAUUUGAUGAUGAAGGGUGAAGGUAGCCGAAAAGGAAGCUUCUUCAAACAAGCAAAGAAAUCUUACCCAAUGUUUCCAGCCCCCGAAGAAAGAAUUAAAUGGGACGAAUAUGGCGAGAUUAUCAAACCUGAAGAUUUUCUAGUUCCAGAACUUCAGGCAACAGAAGAAGAAAAAAGCAAACUAGAAUCUGGCUUGACAAAUGGAGAGGAGCCUAUGGACCAGGAUUUAUCAGAUGUUCCCACCAAAUGUAUUUCAGCAACAGAAUCCAUGGAAAUUAAAGCUAGGGUUACAUACAUUGACUAUGAAGGACGCUCAGAUGGGGACUCAAUUAAAAAAAUUAUUAACCAAAUGAAACCAAGACAACUGAUCAUUGUCCAUGGACCACCUGAAGCCAGCCAGGACCUUGCAGAAUGUUGCAGAGCUUUUGGUGGAAAAGACAUUAAAGUUUACAUGCCCAAACUACAUGAAACUGUAGAUGCAACCAGUGAAACUCACAUUUAUCAGGUCAGGUUAAAAGACUCUCUUGUCAGCUCCCUUCAGUUCUGUAAAGCCAAGGAUGCUGAGUUGGCUUGGAUAGAUGGUGUCCUGGACAUGAGAGUUUCAAAAGUGGAUACUGGAGUUAUUUUGGAAGAGGGAGAGCUGAGGGAAGAUGAAGACCUAGAGAUGCAAGUGGAUAUGCCUUCUUCAGACUCCAGUGUCAUCGCACAACAAAAAGCCAUGAAAAGCCUCUUUGGUGAUGACGAUAAGGAGAUGUGCGAGGAGAGUGAGAUCAUUCCUACUUUGGAACCUCUGCCACCUCAUGAGGUUCUUGGUCACCAGUCUGUGUUUAUGAAUGAGCCAAGACUAUCAGACUUCAAGCAAGUUCUAUUGCGAGAAGGUAUACAAGCUGAAUUUGUAGGAGGAGUGCUUGUUUGCAACAAUCUGGUGGCUGUUCGCAGGACUGAAACAGGGCGCAUCGGAUUGGAAGGCUGUCUCUGUCAAGACUUCUAUAGAAUAAGAGACCUUUUAUACAAGCAAUAUGCUAUCGUCUAAAGGAGGUUCUGCAAAGGUGUUUUUACUUGAACUUGUAAAGAUGACGAGGAGUUCUCUCAGUUUUGACUUUUUGUAGUUUUCUAAUUUAUACAAGGGAGAAGUAAUUCAUAAAGAAUAGGUAAACUACCCUGAACAUGUAAAUAACUGCUACUGUCACUCUUCAUAAACUUAUUGGUACAUUCCAUGUUCUUGACUCUCAAACUGUUAUGACUUGCCAUCUCCUACGUAGUACAUUCUAAAUGAGUUUAUGGCUAUGAACUGUUCCUCAGGAAAGGUUCACAUUGACAGGACAUGUUCUGGUUUGAUAGAUUCCCUGCCAAAGAGUACGAAGUCAUUCUUCUAUUCUAAAAUAAGAUUAAACAUGGAACUGUUUUUUGUCCAUUUUGGAAGAGGCUUGAGUCCUUUUUUGUUUGUUUGUUUUAAAUUGAGUGUAAGUGGGCUAUUAAAAACAUAACUAGAGUUGACUACCUGAAUAUUCCCCCGGUGUUCAUCUGGCCGUGUCUUAAUGUUGUUGCUGUCUGCUCUUACUUGUUUGUUCCAGUACAGCAUUUCAUAUUCUGUAUGAAGUAUUAAUCUGCAGGAUCAAAAAAUUGCUUUGAACAGGUACAUUAAGAAGACUGGAGAAAAUUGUCAGGCAGCUUAAAAUCUAGUGAUUGUGUGCUUCUGAGUAACUUCUGUACAAACUUAUUGGAUUUGCAAUUUCUCGCUUUGCAGAGUUAUGCCAACUAUAAAAUCUUUUGAGUUCUAAUUUUAAUAUUUUCAAAGACUGAAGCCUUUUUCUGUGCACCGCUGUUUGUUCAGAGUGCCAUGAACCAAGUUCAAGAAGAUCCUUUAUCUGGAGAUCUGAGUUCAUGUGAUGUAUUUAAUGCUUUUGUGCCAUGUUUCAUACUAUUGCACGUUUUGAAAAUGGGACUUAUUGUAGCUGUUUAUGCUGGAAAUUGUACUUACUUUUUAGGUGAAGAUGAGUACAGUUUUGUGUGGCUGAAUUUCUCGGAAAUUAAUUUAUGCAUACAAAUGGCCUCUUGAGAGUUUCUUUAAUUCCAUUUUCUUCCAUCUGUGAACCACCAGUUUUGGCAGUGGAGGGUCGCCUACUUGUUUUUACAUAAAACAGCAAAGUCAUAUGUGCUCUCUGUGUAUACGUUUAAAUAACAUCUUUGGACAAAGUGGCAAAAAAAAAAAAAAAAAGCCCUGUGGGCUUUUAAUGGUAAGAUAAUUUACCUUGCAAUUCAUUUUUGACUAAUAGUUUAUCUGAUCUACAGAUGAUUUAUACUGUUUAAAAUAGUAACUUGAAAUUGAAGUCCAUGCUUAACAAAACAAAAAAAUCAACCAAGCUGCUAGAACUAGAUACUAAAAAUGUAAAACACUUGAAAAUGUAAUGCAAAGUGAGAAUGUGUUUUGUUACAGGCAAUAAUCUUGGCUAGUAAUGACUAAACAGCUCAACGCUUCUUUGGCAACAGUGUAUAAAAAAGGUUUAUUUUCUGUUACAUUGACAACUAGAACUUCUUAGAAAUGCUCUGGUUUUGUAGCUGUUUUGGAGCAGUGCUGUGUAAAUCUUUAUGAUACUGGGUGCUUGCUGGUGAAUACUAUUGUAUUACCGUUGUUGAUACUAAUGAACUUUAUAAAGUGCAUUCCUUUUUACAUAAUUGUAUUGGCCUUAGAGCUUUUAACUUGGAGGCUUGGGGAGGGCAGAGAUCACGUAAGGUGGUAUGAAAUAUUGAAAUAAAAUUUUAAAAUCUUUAGGAAAUGGAACUAAAAAAAAAAUGCUGUUCUUAAAAAGGGGGAAAGACAAGACAGCAUGAUCACAAAACUUUCAAUCUUUUUUUUUCAUAACUUACUGUUUCAAAUUCAGUUAAGUUUAACAAAUGUUAGUGUUAUUAAUUGCUAAACCUCCAUGUGUCCUGUUAAAGGACAAAGUAGCAUCAUUGCUGAAGAAUAAAGCUCAAGUAUGAGCAUAGCAGCUAAUUAUUCUGCAUUAGUCUAUUCUGCUUGAAAUAGUCUGGUAUGAAAUGAGACCUAGGAAGCUGAUGUGCAGGACAACAGGAGUUGUCUGAGCUCUGGGACAGGAGAAGGCUGGAUUUGUGGGCUGGUGAGUGGGAGGAAGGGGAAGUACAGGACAUCUGUAGUAACAUCACAGGCUGCAGCUGUGCUGUGAGGAAGGUGUGCUCUUUGGCUACACAUUCCUUACUUGGAGGCACUGUGGAACCGAAACAAAUUCCUGUGAAUGCUACCUAGUCUUCCAACAGCUUUCUGAUAGAUUAUUAUUAUUUUGUUGGUUUGAACUGUGAUUUAUUUUAAACAAGAAUUGAACUUCUCUGUCUUAAUUUUCAGUUACCAGUCUGGUUCUUGCUUGUCACUGAAAUGAAAUUAAUUUCUGCUCACAUCCAAAAAAUGUUUGUGCUGCCAUGGGCUGUAAGCUCCUGCAUUUGCUCCUGCAUUUGCUCCUGCAUUUGCUCCUGCAUUUGCUCCUGCAUUUGCUCCUGCAUUUGCUCCUGCAUUUGCUCCAUAACACCUACAAUUUAAUAGGGAGUACUAUUCCUAACUUUUUUCUCUGUUGUGCUUGAGGGCAAGAACAUUAACUUCAAUUCAAACCUAGCUUUGGUACUUAUGACCAUUUUAAAAAUACAUCCUUCCAAGGGUCUUGAAUAAUUCAGAUUCCAAAGCUGUGUUGACACACAGGAAAGGCUGACACUUGCUGUACCCCACCAUCACAUUUUGUAGUAUUUGUGGGUAAAUCUUAAUUUUCAUAUUCUUUUCUUCCUGUUCCUAUACUACCUUUUAAUUGCAGUCAAGCACUGCUUAUUUUGGAAUAAACAAGCAAGGAGAUGCCCUACAACGCCAUUCCCUCCCCCCAAGUAAUUAUUAUAGAUGGUUCUAUCCCAAAACACAUUGUGCAGAAUCAAGAUUGCUUUAGUAAGGCAUGACACACAUUAGUAUUUCAGUUGGGAAAGUGGAGUGUGUUGCUUGGGGAAAACACUGCAACCACUAACACUUUCAGAGACUUCAGCAAAAGAAAUUUUAAUGUAAUGAUCUGAAAAAUGGUACAGUGUUCUGUUUCAUGGAUGUUACAUGUUUUUGUAGUUUUAAAAAGUUGGUGGUGAUGAAGAUGAUCAACAGUCAAAUCUGCUAUCCAGUAAACAAUUUUAGGUCUUGAUCUGAAAACUGUGUAAGGAACUGAUGGAAGUUAAAAAUCCAUUGAAAUUUAUUUUUUAAAACACUUGAUUUUUAAAAAUACUUCAACCGGUUUUAGAACUUAUCCUCUGAGACUUUCUGAUUGUUAUGACUCAAGGAGCAAAAAGUGCAUCAGUAAUACUCACUUGGUAAAUGCAACUUGCUGUCGCAUGCCUUUUUUGCUGUAAAUGCAGACCAGGAUAGUUAGCUAAGUCAAUGUGAGCAGCACUAGUCUUAAAAAAAAUAAAAAUACUUUUGAGGUCUGAAAUACUUGCUUAAUGUAGAAGGAAAAUAGAGAAGCAAUAUUUUAAAUACCCAUUAAUUGACAAGUAUUUUGUCUUACAUGUAGAUAGAAUGUGAAAGCUUGAUAAAUAUGGGAGGUAUGGGAGAACUAUAUUGUUUCAUGCCAUGUGCUGUAAAUUAUAUUCUCCUUGCUAGGUUAUAUAUUACCACUGUGAUACAAAGUAAAAUAAAUUACAGCAUUUCUGUAGAAGAACGUAGUAGAACUUCCAAUAAGCCACAGAUCUGUUUUCCUUGAAAAGAAGGGUCCGUAGAAGCUCAAAACGUUACAAACAAGCUAGUUCAGCAUUUGAGCUGUAAGCAGUAAUAACCUGCCUGUUGUUGCAUAAUCCUCUUAGGUGAUGCAAGCUGGAUUUGUGGUUCAGCAGCUGAAUGAUAAUGAGCUAAGCAUCUGCCAAAAAGCAUAGUCUGUCACUGCAGGCUGGUAUUCACAAAUUUUAGUAAUGAGCGCAGAGUUGAUUUCAAUAGCAUACUUGUUUUCUCAGAUAUUACUCAUUUUCAGUGCAGGUUUUCUGAAGUGCUGCAAACCUCUCCAAGAGGUAUUUCUGUGGGAGUUCCAAACAAUUUUGGAAAGAUGGUAGUUUCAGUUUAAAAACAACAAACAAACAAACAAAAAAAAAACCAACGCAUUUCUGUCUGAUGCAGCCCAAGGUUGGUAGCAGUAUCCUAAAAUUGGGUUUGGAGAAUUGCAUAAGAAAAUCAAAGGGGACGGUUUUUCAUGUGGUAGUGGCUAUGGCGCCCUUGCUGAUAUUUAAGGUGAGGUAAAUAAAGCCUUGUAUUUAUUGUCAAAAAGCAAAGGCAUAACUUCUGCAGCAAAUGAACUAUUCCAUCUCCAGCGUGGAAAGGAUUUUUUUUAGAUACAAUUGCAAUUAUUUCCUUUGUGGCUAAUCAGAUGUUAGAAAUAUUUAAGGUGUCAAGUUACAAAGACUUAACUUUAAAACACAUAUAUUAAGUGAGAGCUAGCUCUUGGAGUGUUCAGUUUCUUAUGGAUGACAUCUUUGUUGGUACCUUCUCAGAGUUGUCAUUUAACUCAGUUGGCCUUUCUGCGAGGAGCCUGGAGUAGUUGUCUCACCAGGUCUAAACCGUAAAAUUGUGACGCCCAGCACAGUGACUUCCUUGGCUGGUUUACAGCUAUGUAAAUCAGAACAAAAACAUGAUCUAGCGUGAGCCAGCUUAAGUCGCUGAAAACGUGUCCUGCUAAGAAAAAAAAUGUUUAAUAGCUGAGAAAUUGAAAGCUAAAUUUUUAUUAGGGCUUGUUUAAAGUUGUAGUUUUAUGGAAUGCCAUUGCAGGUAUUCUAAUCUGCAGAAACUGCUGCUUCCUCUCAUGAUGUCUCUAGUUUAGCAGGAAGAACAAUCAGCUGCAGGAGUUCCUAGUCAGGUUUCAGCGAUAAUACUUUCCUUGAAAAGUAUUUUACAGUAUUUGCCUCAAAGUUGAUCUUUCUCUCCCCCCCCCCCCCCCUCUAAAUCCAACCAGAUAAGCUCGAUAGCGUGUGCAUCUCAGUGUUACUUGCAGUGUUUCUUAGAAAUAAUUCUGAAGAAGGGUGGGUAAUCUCUUGUUAUCUUUAGUAAUACUCAAGUGGUUUAGAAAAAUUGCACAAAGGAUUUUGAAAGAUUUUUGAAAUAAAUUGAAUGUAGAUAGAACUUGGUCGUCCAUAGCACUCAGUAAUUGUCACCUGUUUCUUUCCUCUAUCAGUUAAGAUGCAGUGGUAGAAAACAAGCCUUUAAGGGUCACUUUCUGAUGACAUUGUACAAUGAGCUAUUCAAGUUUUUUU